UUACUGUUAUUACAUCGUAUAUACACUGAGUAGUUUGGUGAUAGUAUGUAUAGAAUCAGCUUUCGUUACUGAUUUUAAAGUCCAUCCAAAACAGACGGUGAAUUACUGUGAGUAGAACUGUUGGUAAAUAAAAAAUGGCAGAUAAACCAUCAGGACUGAGACCACCUUCAAAAAUUGGUCGUCCAGGAUGUUUGCAACCUCCAAAGCCAGCAAUACCUCCAUCGUCACCUUUGUCGAGUACCAAUAACAGUGUAGUCCUCACUGAAGAUACAGACAGUUUUAUAAUUGGAGAUAGAGUAUGGGUCGGUGGUAACAAACCCGGCGCUAUUGCUUACAUAGGUGAAACACAAUUCGCCCCAGGAGAUUGGGCGGGUAUCGUCCUAGAUGAGCCAAUUGGAAAAAAUGAUGGUUCCGUUGCUGGUUGUCGUUAUUUCCAAUGCGAACCUAAACGGGGAAUAUUUUCCAGAUUAACAAGACUCACGCGGAAACCUCUUAGCAACGCUCAAGAAUCGCCAACCAACUGCAGCCGAGGCACUCUAAACAAAAACAUUUCGCCUUCUUUAAAUGCGUCAACCACAAGUCUGGCAUCUAUAUCAUCUGUAUCACAAAAACUACAACUUGGCGAGAGAGUCAUCGUGUCAUCGAGUCAAGGUAGCAAAAUGGGCGUUUUAAGAUACAUGGGCCAAACUGAUUUUGCACCCGGCGAAUGGUGUGGAGUAGAGCUAGAUGACCCAGUGGGCAAGAAUGAUGGCUCUAUUAAUGAUAAGAGGUACUUCGAAUGUCGUCCAAACCACGGUUUGUUUGCUCCACCUAAUAAAGUUAGUCGAUCACCGUCCAACCGUAAAUCGACAGGAGUAAUACAUAAACCUUCGGGUGCUGCUCUAAACUCAUCUCUCCGUAGUAAAGCAGGAUCGCGUGAAUCUCUCGCAUCCAUUUCAAGUGUGGCUACAAGUGUCGCCAGUAAAAUGACAACUGCCUCCACUUCCAGGUUACCAAAAAAAUCCACUUUGAUGAGCACAUCAACACCUGCUCGAAAAACAGCGCAGGAAUUAUCAAAAGAACGACAAAAGGAAAUAGAAAUAUUGCGAAAAGAACGUGACAUAGAGCGUGAAAGGGUCACAAAAGCGGCUAGCCAAGCGGAUGAAGCCGAAAAAAAAUAUGCCAUAUUACAGAAAGAAUUUGCAAAGUAUAAAGAAGAUACCGAAAAGAGUAACCAAGAAAUAAAACAAAAAUUAGACAUUAUUUUUGAUGAGAAAAAUGCUCUAGUUUCACAAUUAGAUGAAGAACGAAGAAAAAGCGAAGAUCUGUUAUUCAGAUGUGAAGAAGAAUCUAUAAAAAUAGAUGACGUUCAGGAAGAAGAAUCUCAUAAAAAUGUAACAAUUUCAAGAUAUGAAUCUAAAGUCAAAGAUCUAGAAAAAAAACUUUUUGAAGAACGAGAACGAAUUAUUAAACUUGAAAAAGAAAAUACAAAAUUAUUUGAAACUGAAGAAGAACUAAUAAAACUACGAAGCAGUAAUCAAACACAAGCAAACGAGGAAAAUCAUCAGAUUACAAAAUUACAAAUGAGCUAUGAAACCUUAAAAAAUGAUAAUGAAAAACUUUCGAAAUUGAUUAAUGAAAAAAAUAAGGCCAUUGAAAACUAUGAAGUACAACUGCAAAAAUUAAAUGAUCAAUUGAAUGAUCAAAAUACUAAAAUUGGUGCUCAAGAACAAUUACAUAGAGAUUUACACGAAAAGUUAACUAAUAAUAAAAAAAUGCUGGAUGAAAAAAUCAUACAAUGUGAGAAAAUUCAAAAUGAAUGUAAAGUAAAAACAGACGAAAUGGAAGUGAGUAUGCAGACCUUAGCAACAUCAUUAGUUAAUUUUAAAGAACAAAGUAAGAAUGAAAUCAAAAAUCUUAUCGAUGAGCAUCAAAUGACACUAAAAGAGAAAGAUGAACUCAUAAAAUCAAAAACAUUAGAACUUAAACAAGAACAUCAUAACUUAUUUAUUUCGCAAGAGGGAGUUUUAGAAAAAUUAAAAGAAGAAAACUCACGUCAAAUUAAAGAACUUUCGGAAUCUUUCAAGUUACUUUUAGAUACAAAAAAUCAAGAUCUCGAAAAAACCAAUGCGCAACUUGAAAAAUCUAUUCAAGAUAGCAAAAAAAUAAUGAUUGAAUUUGAGGAUUUAAAAAGUGCACAUUCUGAAAAAGAAAAGGAAAAGAAAAUAAUUUAUGCGGAACUUGAAGAUACAAGAAAAAAAUUAAAUAAUUCAAGCGAUUUAUACGUUAAGCUCCAAGAAGAAAUGACGGAACUAAAAUCAUGCUGUGACAAACAAAUGAAAGACUUGAUACAAGCAAAAACUAUUUUGGAAAACCGAAAUGAUGCCCUCACUACUGAAAUACAAAAGUUGAAGGAGCAGUUAGAAAUUUCUAAACAAGAGAUGCAAAACAAAUUAAAAGAAAAAGAUGAACAUUUAAAAAAAUUGAUCGACGAUUCCGCACAAAAUACCGUGCACUUCAGUAGUGUUGAAAAAGAUUUGAAACAAUCGCUGCAAAACAAAGACGAUGAAACGAAACAAUUGUCCGAUAAAAUAACAGAAUUACGUGACGCAUUGACCUUAUCAGAAGAAACCAAGACUAAUUUAGAAAGUGAACUCCGAAUGUAUGAAACUAACAUAGCUGAGAUGAAUGAAAAAUUUACUAGUUCGGAAGAGAAAAUAUCACAAUUAGUGAAUCAAAAAGAAAAACUGGAAUUAGAAAUUAAAAAUAUAGUUAGUACAUCCGUCGACUCCUCAGAUAAACUUACAAAGUAUAGUGAAGAUUUAAGAGAAAAAGAAAAAGAGCUAGUUGAAAGUCGUGAGAGAGAGUUUGAAUUGAAAAAAAAUAUUAAAGUAGCUGAAACUAAAAUUUCAACUCUAAGUCAAGAUUUGGGUAAUGUCAAUAAGAUUGUGGACCAAUUAAAAGGAGAAAAUGAAGAAUUAAAACUGAAAGUAUCUUCAGAAUUACGAGAACGUCAGAACAUAUCGGAAAAACUGGCAGCCAGCGAAUUAUUACAUAAAGAUGUAUCAAAUAAAUAUGAAACCCUCGAAGAAAUACUACAAAAGCAAUCAUUAGAUCUAAAAGAAACAACAAAAAGUUUAGAAUCCGCACAAGAACAAAAAAUUGAAUUAGAAAAAGAUAUAAUUGAAAAAACUACAAAACAUGAACAAAAAAUGAGAAGUUUCAAUGAACAAAUACAGGGUUUGAAUGAGAAAAUUAGUGAUUUAGAAAAACAAAAGUCACAGAUUUUGGACGAUAAAAAAUCAAAAGACAUUCAAUUAAAAAAGAUGGAAAGUGAUUUGAAUAUAAAAACUCAAUACAUUUCUGAACUGGAAUCAACCAACGAACUUAAAAAUAGAAAAAUUCUAGAACUUAACGAAAAUUUAGAAAAAUUAAAAGUAGAAAAUGAUGAGUUAAAAAAAUCAUCUUCUGAAAUUAAUACUAAAUACAAUGAAGUUUUAUUAGAAGUUACCAUUCUCAAAUCUUCUAAUACUAAUUUAGAAUCACAUAUGACUUUGGAAAUCGCUAAUUUGAAACAACAGUUGGAGGACGAAAAAAGUACAUUAGAUACUGCUUUAAAAGAAUCAAAAAAUUCAAUUGAUGAAUUAACGAAACAAUUAAUUUUGUCCUCAGAGAGUAAUAGUAAAUUAUCAACCAAAUGUACAGAAUUAGAAAGUUUGAUAGCGACUCAAGAAAAACAAAUACAACUAUUGAAUGAUAAUUUAGCAACUGAAAAAAAUGAUUGUAAAAAUAUUCAACGAGAACUUGAAAGCAUAAAAAAAGAUUUUGCAAUGAGAAAUGAUGAAAUAGAACUUAAAGACAAAGAAUUAUUUUCAUUAAAAAACAGCCUACAAGUUUCAGAGACAAAUUUUGUUUCUUUAAAAGAGGAAUUCAAUAGUAAACUAAAAAUAAUUAACAGUUUAGAAGAGGAGUUAAUGAAAAUUAAAACUUCUAGUGAAACAAAAGCAAAUGCUAAUGCUGAAGAAAAAGAGAAAAAAAUUGAUGAGUUGAAUCGAAAAUAUUCAAAAGAUUUAGCUUGCAAGGAUGCCAUAAUCACAAAAAUGUCAGAAGAAAAAGAAAAAAUACUAAAGUCUGUGCAUGAAUCAGAGCUAACUCGAAAAGGUAUGGAAGAAAAAUUACAAAAGUAUGAUGAAGAAUUAAAAUUAAAAGAAACAACUAUCGAAAAAAAUCGCAUGGAAGAAGAAAAAUUGAAACAAGUAUUAAAAAAUUACGAAGAAAAACAACAGAAAAAUAACGAUUUAAUUGACAAGUACAGAAUAGAUAUGAAAACGAAGGAUAAAAAUAUAACAGAACUUUCAGAAAUAAAAAUGGAAUUAAAUGAAAAAUUACAAAAUACUAUGAAUCAAAUUGAAUUUUUGAAUAAUAACAUUAUAUCUCUAGAAGAAUCCAAAAAAAAAUUAGAAUUUGAAAAUAAGCAACUUAUUUCGAAACACGAUGAAGCAAUGAUGAAAUUGAACAUUGAAAAUGAAAAGUUUAAAAACAACGAUAAAGAUGAUCUUGCAAUAAAUGAAUGUUCAAAUAAGAAAAAUAUCGAAUCAAAAUCUGCGAAUGGCUUGGAACUAGAACAGUUGAAAAGCGAAUAUGAAGAAGCUAAGGGGCAAAUUAAUUUUUUAAAUUCAGUCAUCGUUGAUAUGCAACAUAAAAAUGAAAAAUUAAAAAGUAAAGUUGAAGUUUUAGAAAUGGGAAUCCCACCUCAGGAAGCUGAUGAUUAUUCCCAUCUUAUUCAGAAAACACUACCUCCACCAAGAGUAUUUUGUGAUAUAUGUGAUGAAUUCGACUUGCACGAUACAGAUGACUGCCCUAAACAAGCGCAAGAUCCUGACGAGCAAGUACACAAUCCAUCUAAAACUAAAAAAGUUUUGGCUCAAAGGCCAUACUGUGAAACUUGUGAAAUGUUUGGUCAUGAUACAUCUGCCUGUGAGGAUACAGAAACAUUCUAAAAUUGCAUAGUUUCAAUCCUGAAUUGCUAUUAAUGAAAAAUAAUAAUUAUCAUAGUUAUAUUUUUGAUCAUGAGUAUGAUAUUUUUAUACAAAUAAAUAUGGAUCUAGAAACACAUCAACAAGUAAUUUACCAUCAAAAGUAACUUCAGAACACUCUAAUUUUGAAACCUAUUUUUGGUUAGAGCGCUCUAAAAUAUUACAUGCAAUUCGUGCCAAUCUGGUUAUUUAGAAUUGUUUCAUUGCCUAGUACUUUUCUUCGAUUUGUGUUAUUAUCAAUUGUAUUGCUAGAAAAAAAGAUAUGAUUAAUAACGAAGACUAUGGAAGGGGGGGGGGUGGGGUGAAGAAGAAUUCGUGUACGAAAAUGAAAAAUUUUAUGUACAAAUUACCUUCUGAACAGCCAAAUCCAAUUACUAAUGUGAAACGAAUUUAUAAUUUUUUAUAGUUAAUUAUGAAUUGAAGUCCAAUCAUAAUAAUUAUUAGUUAUUUUGUAUAUAAAUUUUAGAAACCAAUCAUACUGUUGAACUAAUUUUAAGCUUUACUUGGAAAAAUUUAAACAAAGAUAAAAUUUCUUAAUUUCACAUGGUAUAAAAUAUGUCUUAUUUGGUUGACGCAUUUUACAUCUCUUUUGUUGAAUUUGUAAGUACCUUGAAUUAUUCGAAAAUAAUGAUUCUUGUUGUUACUAAUGUUUGUUAUUUAAUAAAUAACAUUUUUUAUAAAUAUAAUUAAAUGUUGGCUAUUAAGAUGCAAGUACUAUGAGAUUUGCAUUCAUUUGUAAAUCAUUUCUUCGUUAUUUGUAUAGCUAGUUAAAGUUGAUACUCGUGAAAUACUAUGUACAUAUAAAUCUGUUGAAGAACUUGUAUAAUAAAAAUGAUUGAACCUA